CACGUGUGUUUUGAUAUCAGGUUGAGGCUCCGAACUUGCGCCGGGUCCGUUUAGAGAAUUCAAUCAGACAGGACACAGUGGUGCCGUGGAGUGGGUUCGUUCUCUGAGCCAGACUGAUUUCAUUCGGGCAUGCCUUAUUCUUCCGGUCCGGCUUCUGAAUUGCUCUGGAAUUUCUCGCACACCCGCUCUGAAUAAGCCUCUCUGAUGGAGAUCGUCAGUGAUCGGACUCCCAGAUCCGUGGAAGACGUGAGGUGCGAAGAUUGCGAAGAGGCUGAUGAUCCCACGGUGGCAGAAUCGAGGAGCGAGAAUGCAGGGACGGACGAAUAUUCCUACACGCAGAGGGACAAUUUCACGUCCGAGAUUUUCAAGAUCGAGGUCGCGAACCUACCUUUUCACAUGUCGCCAAAAGACUUCAAAAAGCUCUUGACCGGUCGCUUACGACUACAGCCUCAUAAAAUCAAGAUGUUCAACAUCAAGAGAGCACGAUUCGCAUUUGUGACUUUUAAAAACGAUCAGCUGCGGGACGAUGCAAUCAAAGCCCUGGACGGCUAUCAUCACAAGCAGAAUACUUUCCGCGCGGAGCUUGCUAAGCCGAGAGCAGAUCCUGUCCAACGAGCAAGGAAACAGCGGAGCCAUUUGCUAACCGGUGAAUCGAAUCCAGGAACGCAAUCCGUUCUCGACGUAGUUAUACCCUGGCACGGCGACCCUUACGACGAGCAGCUCCGACGGAAACAGUCAUCAAUCGAGGAGGUUCUCAUCAAGCUGGAACGUGAUCUCAGUCGCCAGCAAUCGAAAGAUUUCAAUGACUUUGUUCGGGCUCUGAAAGAAGACACAGGCAGGAAGACUAUCUGUGAUGUAGCCGACAUCUGCGGGAGUCCUCGAGAGAACUUCUACCGCAACAAGAAUGAAUUCACGCCGGGUCAUGACGAGACGGGGAGGCUGGUGUUAGGUUUCCGGAAAAGUAGUUACAAAAGAGGAUCCACUGAAGUCGGUCGAGUCUGUGACGGUAUGAAGCACAUUCCAAAGCGAGCCCUGGAGGUAGCGGAGCUAUUCGAACAAUACUUCUUACAAUGUGCCGAGGCGCGACCCCCGUAUGACGCUCAAGAUGAGCGCGGGUACUGGAGGCAAGUCACAGUCCGGACGUCUGAAACUGAUCAGUGUAUGGUGAUUGUAUUGAUGCAUCCCCAAGAUCUCACGAUCGAAGAAGUUGAGCAGGAAGUCUCGAAACUGAGGACUUAUUACGAUUCCUCUCUCAGUGGUGUCGUCUCAUCGCUCUACUUCCAGCGAUUCGACAAGAAAAGUAAUGUGUACCCAUUGGAGCAUGUCGCGGGCUCUGAAGUUAUCACGGAAGAAUUGCUCGGUAUCAGAUUCGAGAUAUCGCCCCCCAGUUUCUUCCAGGUAAACACGAAGGCGGCUGAGAUUCUGUACGGGAGAAUUUUCGAGCUGGCAGAACUUGCAGCUGACUCCACGGUGCUCGAUCUUUUUUGCGGCAUUGGCUCCAUAGGACUCACCAUGGCUUCAAAAGUAAAGAGAGUCAUAGGGGCUGAGAUAAUCCCGGAUGCCGUGGACAAUGCGCGCCGCGUUGCCAGCCAGCACGGUAUCAACAAUUGUGAAUUCAUUGCGGGUAAAGCGGAAGACGUACUCUCUCUCGCUCUACACAAAGUCUCAGACGAAAAGAAGGUCGUUGCCAUCCUAGAUCCCCCGCGGCAGGGUGUUCACAAGCGAGUCAUCAAGCUGCUUAGAUCUAGCGAGAACAUAUCGUGCAUAGUAUACGUAGCCUGCAAUCCCGCCGCGGCGAUGCCUAAUAUCAUUGAUUUCUGCAAGCAGUCGAGCAACAAUUAUCGAGGAGGGCCGUGGUUCCCUUGUGUGGCGCAAGCCGUUGACAUGUUCCCUCAUACGCCUCACACUGAGCUCAUCGUUGUUCUGAGGAGAUUCAAGGACGUCGUGCUAUCCUCGCGAGCGAGAGGCGAAGCCGAUAGUGUGAGCUGAAAUUCGUGAUUGCUGUCUCGGUCGGCCCCAGAAACGCUCACAUUUUGGCAUAAUAAAGGAGUUGGACUCAACGGGAU